AUGGAUCGAAACCACAUACUGCUAGCCUCGGAAAAUACUAGGGCGUCCCCCGUAUGCGACGCGCAUCGUCAGCCCCGGGACGGUGUGAGAAAUAUGCAACGGGUUCCGUGGGCCCAGCGGCGACAGUUAAAGAAGCGAGCUGGAGAAUGGAGAUGUGCCACUUGGAACAUCGGCACAAUGACUGGAAGAAGUAGGGAGAUAGCAGAGACCUUGAAGCAGAGAAAAGUGAAAAUACUCUGUGUGCAAGAAGUAAGGUGGAGGGGCAGCGGAGUAAGGGAGAUCGGAGAAGGUUAUAAGCUAUACUACUCCGGAAACAGAACGGGAAGAAACGGCGUGGGUAUUAUCGUCGAUAAAGAGCUCAAACAAAGGGUGGUGGAAGUCCAAAGGCCCUCAGACAGGUUGAUGACAAUAAAGGUGCUAGCAGGAAAGAAUCUGAUUAACAUCGUGAGUGGUUAUACUCCACAGAUUGGCUGUGAAGAUCAAGAGAAGGAAGACUUCAGAGAACAACUUGAAUAG